UAGAAAUUAGAAAGUUUGUUUCAAAAAAACUUCGUCUCCCUCGCAAAGGACUCCCAACACCUCUCGUCUUUCUCUCUCUGAAAAUCCGGGAAACAUGCCGUUCGCCUUCAAUUCUCUGCAACGCCUCCGAGGUCCGCCGCCGUCCGUUCCUCACCUCCACAACACUCUCUCUCCUCUCCCUCAUUUCCAAUCUCUCCGCCCCAGUCUAAGAUCCCCUCAACCUCUCUCCCGCCGCCCCCGCCGCCGCCGCCGCCAUCUCCGUAUCCAGUCCAUCGACGCCGCCCAGCUCUACGACUACGAGUCCAAGCUCUCCGCCAGCUUCGAAUCGCACCGCAAGCUCACGAUCGCCAUCGUCGGCUUCGGCAACUUCGGCCAGUUCCUGGCCAAGACCCUCACGCGCCAGGGCCACACCGUCCUCGCCCACUCUCGAUCCGACCACUCCGACGUCGCUCGCAAGCUCGGCGUCACGUUCUUCCGCGACCCGGACGACCUGUGCGAAGAACACCCGGAAGUCAUCUUGUUCUGCACUUCAAUCCUUUCGACGGAAAAAGUCGUAAAGUCGCUGCCUUUGCAGAGAUUGAAGCGGAACACUUUGGUCGUCGACGUCUUGUCGGUAAAAGAGUUUGCUAAGACUUUGCUAAUUAAGCUUUUGCCUUGUGAUUUUGAUAUAAUUUGUACGCAUCCGAUGUUUGGACCUGAGAGUGGGAAAAAUGGAUGGAGUGGGCUUAAUUUUGUGUAUGAGAAGGUUAGGAUUGGCGACGAGGAAUCGAGGAUUUCAAGGGCUGAUAAAUUUCUCGAUAUUUUCGCGGGGGAGGGGUGUAAUAUGGUGGAGAUGACCUGCGCCGAGCACGAUAAAUGGGCUGCCGGAUCGCAGUUCAUCACGCACACGGUCGGGAGGGUUCUGGAGAAGUUGGAUUUGGAAUCGACGCCGAUUAAUACGAAGGGGUACGAGACGUUGCUAGGUCUGGUGGAUAAUACUGCAGGGGACAGCUUCGAUUUGUACUAUGGGUUGUUCAUGUAUAAUAACAAUUCUUUGGAGAUGUUGGAGAGGUUGGACUUGGCUUUCGAGGCAUUGAAGAAGCAGCUGUUUGGAAGGUUACAUGAUGUGGUGAGGAAGCAGUUGUUUGAAAGUGCUGAGAAAGUGCCCGUUUCGCCAGAGAAUUACGGGAUGCUGUCGAAUAUUACAAAUGGUGCGGCUAGUUCAAAAUCAAUGGGAUUCCAAGAUGUCGCUCCGUCAAUCAGCUCUCCAGUGCCUAGCUCCAGCACUUCUCAAGAUACGUCACCCCUCAAGAUUGCCAUUGUUGGAUUUGGAAACUUUGGCCAGUUUCUAGCAAAGACCAUGGUCCGCCAAGGUCACACAGUUAUAGCUUAUUCUCGAUCAAAUAACUGUGAGGCAGCUCAAAGGUUGGGCGUUUCUUUCUUUUCUAAUGUAGAUGAUCUUUGUGAAGAGCAUCCAGACGUGAUACUUCUUUGCAGCUCGAUUUUGUCCACAGAGAGCGUCCUUAAAUCACUGGCUCUCCAAAGAUUAAAAAGGAGUACCUUGUUUGUCGAUGUACUUUCAGUGAAGGAAUUUCCGAGGGUUUUGUUUCUCCAGAACUUGCCACUAGAUUUUGAUGUUCUUUGCACCCACCCCAUGUUUGGACCCGAGAGCGGUAAGAAUGGAUGGAGUGGUCUUUCCUUUGUUUAUGAUAAAGUUAGGGUUGGAAGUGAUGAGUUUAGACAAGCACGAUGUGACUGGUUUUUGGACAUAUUUGCACAGGAGGGGUGUCUGAUGGUGGAGAUGAGUUGUGCUGAACAUGAUUGGCAUGCAGCUGGGUCACAGUUUAUCACGCACACAAUGGGGAGGACUCUGGAGAAACUAGGGUUGGAGUCCACCCCCAUUAACACGAAAGGGUAUGAGACUUUGUUAAAUUUGGUGGAGAACACGGCUGGUGAUAGCUUCGACCUCUACUACGGGCUAUUCAUGUAUAAUGUGAAUGCGAUGGAGCAGCUGGAGAGGUUGGAUUUGGCAUUUGAAUCCCUAAAGAAGCAACUCUUUGGGCGUAUGCAUGGUGUCCUCCGGAAGCAAUUGUUCGAGAAUGCAGACAAAAGCAAAGUUCUUCACGAAAAACCUGUAUUGCCAAAGCCAUCUCAGGAUGUUGGUGCUUUGUCGUUUGGAUCCAAGUUCAAAACUUUUGAGGUCUAAGCUUUGUUGUUUUGAGGUAGGCCUCCCAUCUCUGCGUGGCAUUGGUUUGUGCUGAGUUCCCCCACAAAAUCUUAUGCUGAGAGAGUGAUUUUGGAGAAGAAGAUUGGAUACAAAUGUAGUUCCUUUUUGAGGUUAGAAAAAAUCUGCCAGAUUGUUUUACUAUUAAGUUUCUCCAGAGAAAUUAAGAUAAGAUACUUUGAUAUGAAAGUGUUGGUGGACCAAUACUUUCUUAUUUAAUGGAGCAAUACCUGCACUUUCCUAUGUCUGCCAAAUAAUGCUCAGUUGCGGGUAUUGGCCGCAAAGACGAUGACCGUAAGCUAAACUUGGAUUGUGGAUGUUUGUCUAUUUGAAGGCGUAUUGGUGGGUGCAAUGGUAAAGAUUGUGACAUUGUUCGAGGAUCUAAAUGCUUGAGCAUAGACAAUGCUUGA